AUGAGCGGCUGGGCCCAGCAGCGAAAGCCGACGGCGCUGCAGCAGCUCGAGACGCUCGAGCGGCCGCCGACGGCGCUGGCCCGCGACGAGAAGGCGCGGUCGGCCCUCGUCGACGGCUUCGCGUCGGGCCUCUCGGUCGUCGAGCUGCGGGGCUGCUGGGACGCCUGCGUCGGCGAGGCCUGCGGCGUCGCCGCGGCGGCCGUCGCCGCGAGCCCGGGCAAGCGCACGCCGCGCCUGGCGACGCGGGAGCCGGCCUGCCGCGCGCUCCUGAAGCGCUGCGCGGGCCUCGUCGUCGAGGACGCGGCCGCGGCGUACGACGCGGACCGGCACGUGCCCCGCGAGUGCGGGCUCCAGAUGGCCGAGCUCGGGUGGCCGGCGCGGCGCGACGACGCCGACGCGUUCUUCGUCCACGGCUACAUGCACGCGUCCGCCUGCGUGACGCUCGCGGUCCUCAGCCGCUGCCGCUCCGGCGUCGACUGGCGCCUCGUCUUCGGCCGCGGGGACCCGGGCGGCAAAACGAGCGAGUACGCGGCCGUCGUCGGGAACCUGGCGACGCGGCGGCCCGUCGUCGUCGACCUCGCGGCGGCGAAGCUCGGCUACGACCCGCGGGACCUGCUCAAGCGCGUCGUCGCCCGGAGCCGGUUCCUGAUCUUGGACGCGUCGACGUUCCUCGACCGCGUCGAGGCGCUCGGCGUCUUCCGGCGGCGGCCCAUGCCCGCCUGGGCGCCCGCGGCGUCGCCCGAGGCCUUCGCGGCGCUCCUGCCGACGCUGCCCGCCGCGGACCGCUGGGGCGCGGAGCCCCCGAAGCCCGCGCCGAGGCCGCGCGCGCUGGCGUUCGUGCCCGCGGGCGACGGCGAGUGGCUCGACCUCCGCGCGCGCGCGGGCGCGGCCUUCGGCCGCAGGUCCGUGCGCCGCGGCGAGCGGCUCCGGGCCGUCCGCGAGGCCGCGGGGCUCUACGAGGCCGCGCUCUCCGCGCUCCGGCGGAGCCGGCGGCCCGCGGCGGACCCGCCGCUCGCGGCCGUGUGGAAAUCAAAUAUUCAACCCGACUUCAAUGUGAGCGUAUGCGAAAGUUUCGACGCAAGGCUCGCGGGCCUCGGGCCGGCGGACCGGCGGCGCGCGGCCGCGGCGACGCUCCUCGGCAACCGCGCGGCCUGCGCCGCGGAGGCCGGCGACGACGUCGCCGCGGCGCUCGACUGCCGGUACGACGCCAUCGGCGCCGGCGCCGCGGUCGCGGACCGCCGCGGCCGCGUCGCGGGCCGCCUCGCCCGCUGCGCGGACCGGCUCGGCGCCGCCGCCGGCUGGCCCCGGGCGACGGCCGUAGCGCCGACGACGGCGGCCCGCGACGGCUUCGCGCCGCGGCUCCUCCGCUGCUUCCUCGCGCAGGACUACCCCGGCGGCCUCGACCUCGUCGUCGUCGGCGAGGCGGCGAACUCGCCGUGGGCGGCCCUCGCGGCGGCCCACGACGCCGUGACCUACGUCGUCGCGCCGCCGGGGUCGACGCUCGGCGCGAAGCGGAACCUCGCCGUGGCGCGCGCCGCCGGCACCGUCGUGCUCCACUUCGACGACGACGACGUCUACGCGCCGUCUUACGCGCGCAUUGCGGUCUGGCCCCUCGCCGCGGGCCUGGGCUUCGCCGUGUCGAAGCGGAGCGCCUGGGCCGCCUUCGACGCGACCACGGGCCUCGCGCCGUGCCUCGCGGGCCACGUCGACGCGGACGAGGCCAACGCCGCGCUCGAAUCCGCGCGACGCCGCGCCGGGCUCCGCCGCGAGCGCCGACUUCGACCGCCGGCGCGCGCGAGCGCCGUCGACGGGGCCGACGCGCCGGAGAACGCGCGAUCGUUCCUCCGCGACGCGCGGACGUCCUACGGCUUCAGCCUCGCCUACGACAGGGCCUACGCGGCGGCGCACCCCUUCGAGGCCGACCUGUCCCUCGGCGAGGACGCCAAGUUCCUCCGGUCCGCGGACCCGCGCGUCGUCUGCUACCACCGCGACGCGUCCGCGAGCUGCCUCCACGUGCAGCACGGCGAGAACGCGACCAAGUCCGUGGCCCUCGAGUCCGCGGGGCCCGACUUCCUCGCCGCGUCGCCCCUCGCCGCCGUCGUCGACGCGGGCUUCUUCGCGCCGCGCGCGUCGGACGGCGACGCCGCGGGCCUCUUCGUCUUCGACGCGGCCCGGGCCGCGACGGCGGGCGACGACGACCAACUCCGGGGCCUCCUCCUCCACUUCAUCAACUCCGACGCGGGCCACGCGGAGGACCGCGGCGCGAAGCUCGGCAUCUAG